AUGAACCUAUUUACAGGACUGCCUCGACGAGUUCCAUCUGCCGCUAUGGAUGGUCUUCUUACAGCGAUUAAGACCGUGAAGCAGGCCUCGGGUCAUUCCUUGACAGCGGUUGAGUCAAACGGCCCUCGCCAUGCCUUGACAGCUCCCACCCUAGAGCUUAACCAAGACCUGACUGCGAAUCAAAUCAUAGAUGUGUUGAAAUCUCAACCCUCUCGAGAAGAAGUUUCCACCGUUUUAACUAUACUCGAUCCAUACAGUAAAUCAAGGACAUUGGAUCUUGAUAUUCGACUCCCUGGUCCAGUAUCAGCCCAAAUCCUUCAACUUUUAGUAAGCAGCGUCAUUCCCAGCCACUGGGCGUCGCUAGUGGGUGAUGGCAAAACAACAUCAAAUACAAAAACGAGGGCGGCCUUACUACGCUGCUUGAGCAGUGUUGCAGGUAUUGGCUCUCUAGUGGCCCGACUUCGAUCUCUCAUUGCAUCUGUUCAGGCAUCGUCUCAGCAAACCCAAGGGUCCAACAAUCAAUCCGCUAUCUCAGACAUUCUUUCGGUAUUUGCCACUUUAUUGGAGCCGACAGAUUUCCUUUAUCGCACAUAUGAUGAUAUACUAGCCCUGAACGACAAAAUUGCCAAGCAACGGGUUGCGUGGAAUGAAGUUGUGUCUCUUAUAGCCUCCGGCAAGGUUGUGUCUACAGCAGCAGAAGCACUCGCGGUGGCUAGUGACGUACCAUCGUCUCCAACUCACUGGCUUGCAGAUGGACGUCAAUAUGCUAAAUGGCUUGGUACCAAUAUCUCUCACAUGAUCUCGAAGCUCGAUGUCAAUGGCGAAAGCGGUUGGCUUCAUGUGGCCUCCUUAACAGAACGGGCCCUCAGUCUGGGUUAUUCCUCUUCAAUUCUUCCCGAAAUAUAUGUCAAAAUUUUCCAUGAUCAGACUUUUCACCAAAGAUUAGCCUUGCUUCUUGACAAUCUCAGGUUGUCAGCCCAAGUGAAUAUCCUCCAACUUAUCAUUCUGGACUUGCCUGUCAGAUAUCCAUCCAUCCGCCAAUGUGACUUCCUCAGUGACCCAGAGACGCAUCCAGAGAUUGUGUCUGCAACUGCAGCCGUGUUGUCGAUUAUUAUUGGCGAUCGGUCACAUUUCAAAGACGAAAUCACAAAUUGGCUUACCAAAGGUCGCUUCGCAACGACCUUCCCAACCACCAUCGAUCGAGCUCUGAUAGCAACUUACAACAAUAAAGACGAUGCUCUCAAGUCUUUAUUAAUUCGCAGUCUCGAGAACUUUGCAGAUAAAUUUGCUAUAAAUCACAACAGUGAUCGUGAACAUGAUGCCAAUGCUCAGGUCAUUCUCUUGGUGGCAGCCCGUUUGCACCGACUUGACCCGUCUCAGAUUAAGGAGGUCGGCCACUCUGGGGCCUUCUUGUCUUCCAUCUCUAAUCGGCUUGCUUCUUCUUCGAAUAGAGCGCGAAUUAUGGGCAUGAUUGUGGGAACGGGUAUCUCAGAGCUUAUGGAAGAGCCCGGCAACUCGUUGAAAUUUGACCUUGAAGAGAUGAAGAGUGCAGAAGCUCAGUGGUACCUGAGUCUAGUCCGAGCUAAAGACGAAGUUGGGUCAUUUGAGACCUUGAAACAUCUUUUGAACCCCGCCGAUCUAAAUUCUGCUCAAGCUCGAGAAACCCAGAAGCCCAAAUCGAAAUCUCGCCCUCAAAAGAUCGUGGAGGUUGUCAGCGAUGAUGAGGAAGAUGAGUCAGAGGAUGAAGAUCUCAUUCCAUAUGAGAAGCCUGACGAAGAUGUUGAUGAUGACGAUGAGGACCCAACCUUGGUUCAACGAAAUAAACCAACCGCACCUGUUUACGUUCGUGAUCUAAUCACAUAUCUUCGAGACAAUGAGAACGUCGAACGCUAUCACCUCGCAAUCACGACAGCACCUAGUCUGAUCCGUCGCAAAAUUGGGUUUGGGACUGAGCUCGCAGAACAAAUUGAAGAGCUAGCACUCACAAUUGUUGGUCUUCAAAAUGACAAUAAUCAUCCGCAGUUCCAUGAAUGUCGGCUCCAAAGCAUGAUUACCCUAAUUGUCUCACAGCCCCUAAAAAUGGGCCGCUGGUUCACAGCCAUCUUCUUCGACGGGGAUUUAUCUCAAGUCCAACGCUCUGCCGUUCUUACAGCACUUGGCCUCGGUGCCCGUGAAGUUGCUGGGAAUGGGGAAGAAGAUGCAAAGUCACUCAACCUUCCAACCUUGCAGGACACCUCGUUCCCAUCUAAACGGCUUUCGCCAGCUUUGGAUGCUAUGUUCCAGCAAGAUUCUAAGGAAAACCGAAAUUCCCCCAUCGCAACACUCACCAACGAAAUGUCAAAAACAUCUCUCCAACCGCUGGCGGCUAAUGCUGCCGAUACAAUAACAGGACCCAACGCGCUGAAGGUGCGCACCUUCUCAUCUCGGAUGGAGGUUGAGAAGAAACGUCAACAACGCGACGCCCAGCGGCGGAAGAACGUUACAAAGGACCUUUACAAGGUUCUCGCAGAGGAAUUUUUCUUCCCUCUCAUAAGCCGAUUCACCGUCGUGAUGCUCCAAUAUUCCUCUUCAUCGAUUUCGUCAUAUAACCCAUUCACCGUCCCCCACCUUCUCACUCUCUUCCUUCAGACUCUCUCCCUCAUACUCUCUACUUCCGGACCCCACAGCCCCUUCUUACCAGGUCUCACACAUGAAACGCUCUCCCUCCUUUUAUCAUUACAUACAAGUCCUAUAUCGACGGACCCCACGGUCACCGCUGCAUUAUUGACGUUGUUACUCGCAGCCAUAGACUUGAAUAUAGCUUCAGGCUCAAAUGGCGAAGAACGAUUAGUUACGGAGUACGCAUCUAAGGUCAUCGAAUUGCGUGAGUGGGCUUCUCAAGUCUUUGAUAAUACACCUGCUGGGUCGGGUAUUGCAAGUUCUACUGCUCCCGUCGACACACAGGAUCAAGUGCGAACUUUAGCUGCGGGCAUUAUGGUUCGGGUUGGAGAAAUUACGGAGCGGUACCAGGGACGUCUGAUGGGUAUUAAUUCUGGGUUCCAAUACUGA